AUGUCACCCUUGCCCAAUUCCCCCUUAAAGCGGCCCUACCCUUCAGCUACUGUCUUUGAGGGUACAGAGAUCGGUCAUGAGCUGGACUACAUACCAUAUGCAAAGGCCUCGAAGACCUUCGUGAAACAAACAGGAUACAGUACUAAUACUUCGCCAGAGUAUCAGGAUCAAUGGCUUUCCACUCAUCCCGAUGACGCAAAAGUGCCGAGAAUGGGCGAAGCAGAGAACGAAGAUCACUCUUCACUCAGCACCAAUCGAAGGUUCAGUGGCGUGGGUACUGCUUCAGAGAACACAGGAGGUAGCAUCCAUCCCUCGAUGUCUCAGUCGCCCGUAUCAGCAGUACCGAGCCAUCAGGAGUUUGGGAAUCCGUCGGAAUUGAACUCCCUGUAUCCCAUCAACAUGGGUGCGGGUUCGCAUCAGACGCUACGGCAAAGGCAACUUCAGUAUCAACAGCAACUGCAACAAUUGCAGCAACAAUACCAAAAGCAACAAUGCCGAUAUCAGCAUGACCAACAGGAGCAACAAGCCAGCGAGACAGAGGUCGUCCUUGAAAUGCCUCCGCCUGCUCUGGGAAACAGGAAACCUCGAAAUAUGCGUAGAUCUUCCAAUCUGAAUAACAAAUACGCCCGGAUGAAGCGCGAUAUGGAGCUGAUGGUGCAUGGAAGAACACCGAAACUAAGAGCUCAAUAUGGUCGAUCAUUCGUUGAAUACGUUCCUGUUCUUUAUUAUGAACCGACAACUUGUAGCCAAGACCCUGGAGCACCUUUUGCUGACGCUUAUGGCUCGGGAGCCCUCCCAACCUCGAGUCCGACUGCUCGCACUACUUUGCCACCAUCGUCAUACCAUGUGACGCAGUCUGUUACACAGCCUUCAACCACGAAGCCCAUUCAAAGAAGCCCGUCUCUCUCGUCUGGCAAGAGAGUCCGAUUUGAUGAAGUUGUUCCUCAAGUUACACCAGGAUCUGUUUCCAAUGCAAAUUUAAGUGGAGGUGGUGGCGCCUAUUCCACGCCUCACUUUCGUUUGUCCUCUGGAUCAAGUCUGAGCAGUUCAGGACGAGCAGUUGGGAAUAACUACGUACCUUACAGUGAACCAGGACGACAAUUCCACGAUGACGGAUUCGGAGACGACUCAGAGUUCGAGAACCUGCUCCUUGAUCAGGAUCCAUUUCUUGACGGUAUUUCCCCUGUCGAACCUUUUCGGGAAGCUGUUAUGACAACAGAUUACAUGCCGCCAGUGUUGCCACGACCACAGCCGCUCUCCAAGGCAACCUUCGAUACAGCGUACCAACAGAUGAAUCGCGCUACCGAUUUGAGCGUUGGACAGCCCUAUCAUCAUGCCCCGAGACCAGAAAGCAUUCUGGACGACCGAUCCUUGGCCAUUACCGAACGCAUCCAUAAGAUUGGGUCCGCGAUUCGAGCCUCUGCAGCGGUAAACAUUUCGCGAUUUGGCGAAAAAUUACCUCCUUCGAUGGACAUCCGACGAGGACGAGACCCAGAACAGGAACGGGAACAACAGCGAAUUCGACAACAAUCGCGCUUCGCCCACCCUAGACCGUCCUCACCUAGUCAACCCAAAUCGGUGUUUGCCAACUCUGUUGUGGUCCCCCAUUCGGAUAUCGCAAUCACAUCUAUGGACCAUACCGCAUCAACCGGGACAGAGGAGCCGGUUCGUGAGGAUAAAAAACAUGCAGCUUCAACAACCAAUCCUGCUUCUCACGGUGUGCACGAUAUCUGGGCCAACGAUGCAAAAGUGGCUAAUACUAUUAUUGCACAGUCGGAUACUGCACUGACCACACCGACCACACCUACCACAUUGACGGACGGCAUAGCAAAAAAAUCGUCCAAUGGUAAUGCGGUACAGAACAACUCCAAGAUAACAGUAUCGCUAUUGCAUCAGCUCCCCGCCGUCGGCGAGAAUGUCCCGCUUUCGACGUCCGUGGUUCCUUCUAGAGACCGUAUCCGCUCUUCAAAUGAUGCGAUAACCACAUUUGUGACCACAGAGAGAGACUUCGACGAGAACUACAUCACAGUUCUUGAGAAGGAGAUUGAGGACUUGGCCGACCUUUAA